AUGUCUCCGUACGGCAUCCGGAUCGUGCAGGUGCUGGUGCUGGAGGCGCGCCUGGACGAGCAGGUCAAGGGAGCUUUUGGCGAGCUGGUCGUUCAGAGGAACCUCCGCGGCGCCUCCAUGGCCGAGGCGGAGGCGGAGGCGAUACGCGUGGUGAAGGGCGCGGAGGCCGACGCCGAGAAGAGGGCCCUGGAGGGGAGGGGCAUGGCGCUGAAGCGCGAGGCGCUGGCACAGGGCAUCGUCCGUUCGGUCUUCGGCGACGCGGGGCUGGACGCAUCGUCCCUCGCCAACAUUGCGUCCAGCACACUCGUAGAGCUGCUCUACACAUUGCGGGGCCCGCGGACUUCGACGCCCUCCGGCACAUCGGCUCCCGGGCCGCGCACACCGUCUUCCUGCACCAGGGGCCCUCGGCGGCCCCUCCGGCGCCGAGCGAGCUGCGCAGCCCCCGGGAUGCCAGGAUGGGCAGCAAGGAGACCGCCAACUCUGGGGCGACUUCGAGGACCGUCUCGUCGAUCAGGAGCAUCGCCAGCAGCUAUGGCAGGACCCCUGAGGCGGCCGUCGCUCAGCUCCGUCGGCUCCAUCCGGUCCGGCGCGUCGAGGCGGACGCCGCAGCGCCAGUCGAACAUGGACCUUGCGGCGGGGAGAACCACGGAAUCAAAGACCAGCGUCUUCGUGUCGCUGCGGGUGCAGUUGUUCUCCCCCGUCAGCAAAGCAGCCGACGAGCUCAUCUGCGCCUACCACCCGUACCCCCACGGCAGCGACGCCGCCGACGCCAAUUAUUCCCAACAGCUCUUCACCAACGUCAGCGACGCCGCCGACUGCAUCUACGCCUAUCAGCUCUUCUCCCUGUCAGGAGACAACGUCGUGCCGCUCGUCGACCCCAGCACCCGCCAGCCCACAGUCGGGGGUCUUAUGGCGCAGGCAGCCUCGAUGACCACCGACCCCGCGCUGAAGCAGGUCCUGCACGAGCAGGUGACGAAGAGCGCCUCCCCCGCGCAGGCCCAGCCGGCGAUUGCCGCGGCAGAGGCAGUGCGCAGGGCAGAAGGGGUAUGGAAGCUGGCGUCCUUGCAGUGCGAGCAGGCCUCGGCGCAUGUGCAGCGAUGCAGGGAUAGUCUCGACACAGACAAGGCUCGAGAAGCCGAGGCGAUCAGGGCCCUGGCCACGGUGGAGCUCAGUCGGAAGGUUGCUGCCAAGGCCAUGGCCCGCGAGGUGGGCGUAGUCGAGUGCACCAGUCCCUCCCCUCCAUCUGGAGGCAGUGGCGCCACCUUCAUCGACUUGCAGUGGGACGCGGCCCUCUUAGAGGAGUUGGACUCGCUCGAGUGCACGGAGGUCGAGCGCCUGAAGCUCAAGCAAUUCGAGGCUGAAUUACAAGCGGCCAAGUCUAACUUCUCGGCCGAGGCAGAGGAGAUCAAUCAGUGGAAGGCGCCCGUCACUGAGAUCAAGCAGAAGAUCGAGGAGCGCACGCAGAAGAAGAGGAAGGUGGGCUCAGAGACGGCCGCUGCAGGCGAUGCCCCCUCGUCGUCUCCAGCAGCACCAGUUCCAGCGGGCCCGUCCCAGGAGGAGAUCGACGCCGAGGUGGGGCGCAUCCGCGGGGCGCGCGAGGCUGGCGCAGCCGCCGCGGCGCAGGCUGCCGACGCCCCCGCGGGCGAGCCGGGGGAGUCUGCGGCGGCAGCACCCGACGAGGUGGAGGGGCGGGAGUGCAAUAUGUUCUUCGCGAAUAUCACCGUCCGGGGCAAGCGGUCUUGGGCCUGCCUCAACAGCAGCGAGCCCGCGCCCCGCGGGCGCGCGGCUAAGCUUCACUACAAGGGCAUGCGGUUCCACCGCAUCAUCCUUGGCUUCGUCUGCCAGGCCGCUGGUGGGAUCCCGGCCGUCUGA